GGAAUAUUAUUUGUUGAUGUUUUAUUGGGAGAAGUGGGCCAGUCGACAUCUUCAACAUAGAAGGCGAUUUAUGAUAUAUAAAGUGAUUGAGUUUUGGAAAUCAAUAUUAUUACUGCGCUGAUUCGGCCGUCUGAUAUUCGUCCAAGCGGGGAAGACGGGCGUUGUAUUUCCCUUCUUUCUGAAUCCAUCAGUAGCUAUCCAAGAUGUCUAGCCAGUAUCAGCGAAGUGUUCCAGUGGAGGUCAGGAGAGCGGAAGGGGAGAGAGUCCGCGCCAAACAUCCGGAUAAAAUCCCGAUAAUAGUGGAGAGAGCCGCAAGGUCACGAGCUCCUGAGCUUGACAAAAAGAAAUACCUUGUUCCUUCAGACCUCACAGUCGGUCAGCUCUGCUUCCUGAUCAGACAGCGGGUGUCUAUGAGACCAGAAGAAGCACUCUUCUUUUUUGUCAAAAAUUCCCUCCCUCCAUCCAGUUCCCCCCUGUCUGCGGUGUAUGAGGAACAUCAUGAGGAAGACCUGUUCCUGUACAUGACAUACAGUAAUGAGAGUGUUUACGGUGCCUGAGACGGAGGCCGAAAGGACUGGAGAGAAGAGAUGGAGAAAGAGAGAAAGAUGACACAUUAUUUUACCACCAAUACACUGUACAUACAGAGGCCAUUGUUCAAUAAUGGGGUCUAAAGGGUGCUGUUUGUAUUUAUCAGUAUUCAGGGAAACGACAAUGAGUUGCAUUAAACCAAUUAUUAAAGCAUUGAGACUUGAGAACUGAGAAACACUAAAGAGAAAAUGGAAGGUCAAAAACAAAAAUAGAGAUAAAUUUAAAAAAAAGUAGUAAAGUAAGCAAGUAUUCAUUUCAUCUUUCUCUCCCAGGAGCGCAUCAUUUGUAUUUAAUGCAAAUAGGUUUUUGUUCUUGUUUUUCUUUCUUUCUUUUGUAAAGUAUUAUCAAUAACUUUGUGCAUAUAAUAAAAAUCUUUCAAAUGUU